UCCAUAGAUUUGUUCCCACAAAAAAUGUCAAGGACGCCAACUCACCACCUUGGAUCGAUGGAGAAGUGAUGCAUUUCAUACGAAAAAAAUACUCUGCCCUAAGAAAUAUCGCAAAUGCCACACUGACUAUCGCAAAACGAAAGCUACGCAAAAUUAGUCAAACCAUCAAAUACCUUGUGAAAAGAAAACACCGUGACUAUCUGCUCAAAAUUCAGGACUCUUUUCAAGACAACCCGAGGCUAUUUUGGAGUUAUCAUAAGGCGGUUUUCCAUCAUCGAUCAACCCAAACUCCAACAAUUACCUACAAGGGAAAACUAGCAAAAACGCCUUCAGACAAAGCUGAACUUUUCAAUUCUUAUUUCUCCUCUGUGUUUCAACCUUCAAGACCCAAUCAACAUCAAACCUCCACCUUCUCUUCGUCCCAAUUACGAACAGACACUCAACUACAGGAGAUAGAGCUUAGUGAACACGACGUUGCUAAUUGCCUAAAAAAUCUUGAUCCGUUCAAAGCAAGUGGUCCCGACGGAAUUCCUGCACGUCUUCUAAAAGAAUGCAGUCAACAAAUCGCUCCGAGUCUUUGUUCUCUCUUCAACCUCUCCCUACAUCUAGUUGGAUUCCUUCCGAGUGGAAAUCAGCAGACGUCGCACCAAUUCAUAAAAAAGAUUCGAAGGAGCCAGCGGAAAACUAUCGGCCCAUUUCGUUACUGUCAAUUGUCAGUAAAGUAUUGGAACGUUGUGUGUACUUUAGAUUUCACGACCACAUUCUACAUCACAUUAGCCAAGCUCAACAUGGUUUUCUUCGAAAACGCUCGUGUGUGACUCAACUAUUAUCAGUAUUCCACACUAUUGGACAUGAUCUAGAUAAGAAUAUUCAGACGGACGUCUUGUAUGUGGAUUUCGCUAAGGCUUUCGACUCCGUGGAUCACGCAAUCGUUCUCGAGAAACUACGUGGGUACGGUGUGGCAGGAUCAGUUUUGGGUUGGUUCGCAGACUAUUUGAAUGGUAGGACUCAGAGAGUCGUUGUAGAUGGUGUGGCUUCGACAUGGUCACCAGUCACCUCUGGAGUACCUCAAGGAAGUAUUCUCGGUCCGCUAUUGUUUGUCAUCUUCAUUAACGAUCUCCCAGAUGUUGUCCAAAAUGGAACUGCAACAGCCCUGUAUGCCGACGAUACUAAAUUGCACAAUACAAUUACCUCUACUGAUGACUGCAAAUGUUUACAACAAUCGUUGACAAAUCUGAAUUGCUGGAGUGUACAAAACAACAUCCGUUUCAAUUCUUCUAAAUGUAAAGUACUCACCAUAACACGCAAGAAAACUCCUGUCACUUAUGAUUACAAACUGGGAACAGAAAGUCUGACUCGAGUUGACAGUGAAAAGGAUCUUGGCGUCAUCACUUCCUCUGGACUUUCAUGGGAACUUCAAAUUAAUUGUGUCAUCUCCAAGGCUAACAAAAUGUUAGGUGUAUUAAAACGAACAUGUACUCAACUGACAGACAUAAAAGCCAGGCGAACUCUUUAUUUGACUCACGUGAAGUCGCAAUUAUGCUACGCAUCGGAAGUCUGGUCGCCCGUAAACAACAUCCAACUCUCAAAGCGGAUUGAAAGAGUGCAACGUCGGGCGACGCGAUGGAUCAUGAUAAGCAGAAGAGGAGAGCUGAGUUACAAAGAACGUCUGUUGGCCUUGGACCUUCUGCCGUUAACCUUCGAUAGAGAGGUUAAGGACUUGGUGUAUCUGUACAAGGCUUUGUUUGGUUAUGUAAAUGUCGAUGUCAGUAACUGUGUCUCGUUUGUCAGUCACGGUCGAACUCGGCUGAGUAACACCUCAAAGUACAUUCUACAAA